AUGAUCAAGCGAGCUCGUUCUACAACGCGGAAGGCGACUGCGACGCGGACUGCAGCAGGACGACGACUCCAUGCAGCAGAUGACGACGACGACUUUGUAGUGCCGGACGACGACGUCGAGGAAGACGAGGUCGAGGACGACGAACGGACCACCACGCGUCAGGACCAGCAGCAAGUGGACGAGGACGAGGACGAGGACCUCGAGAGCGAGCUGAUCAACCUGGGCAGUGCUGCGUCGUCAUCGUCGCAUCGCCAUCAAAGUGGACUGCAACGACGACGACAGCGACGCAGGCACGACGGCGAUCUGGACGAGGAUGAGGACGAUGAGGACGAGCUGCUGAGAAGCGGAACGCUCGAGUCCAUCACAGAGGCAUGCUUCCUGUUCAAUGCACCGUCGAGCUCAAGAGUGGCAUCUUCUGCUUCGAAGGGCGGGAGUGGACCGAGUGCCGCGGAGGCAGCAGCGUCAAGCUCGAGCCAGCAAGCGAGCGCAUCGAGCAGCAGUCUUGCUGAAGGACGACGGAAGACAAAGCAGGCCUAUGGAUCGCUUGCCGUUGGCUCGACACAACUUCGCCGCAAGUCAUCACGUCUCAACAAGAAGGACGAAGUAUCAGAGACGGGGCUGUCCGACUUGCAACAGCGUCACCAGGAAGAGGCCGGCGCAAAUUUCGGCGAGAGCUUUCCAAACGAAUCCCUCGCAUCCAUCUCUCUGCGCUACGAGGCAUUCCAGACCUGCUGGACGGAUGUUCAGAGCGAUAUUCAAAAUCUACUCUCCAGCCUUAAUCAGCGCGUGUUUGACGAAAUCACGAGCUUUCUGCAACAGAGUGGAGGAACUGUUCCACGAUCGGAGCCAGCGCCGCCCGUCCCAUCGGCCCACGCGUGGCUGGCUGAUCUCGUCAAACCGUUCGAGGAAGUCCCUACAGCACUCCUUUAUGCCGGAGUGAACGUGAUGGACCAUUCUGACAUGUUUGCAGAGCUCAUUCAUCAAGUCAAGCGGAGUGUGUCUCCACACGUCAUUCUGCUCCAGUCCAAAGACUGUCCAAACCUGCGCAGUCUCAUGCGCGCCUUUGUCGAGCAAGCGCUUGUGAGCGGAACUGGCGAUGAGUUCACCGAAUUGCCGGAAGAGCUCUGUGUGGACGAUGACGACCUUUCAGACGACAGCGAUACGGAAGAACAGCCUAAAACUGCCCGUCAAUCAACCGUUUCCGGUCCAGCAUUUAGCACACUGCUGCGCAGCAAACGCAAAGUUCCCAACCACACCAUGGAGACUGUUCAAAGCUGGUAUGAUGACAAGUACCAACGUACCGGUGCGACACUGUCGGACCAGAACAGCUCUGCUUCUAGUCGAGGCCGGAAACGUCCUGCUGAAGAGGAGGGCUCUGCUGCCUUCGGUGCUCGACCUCCGCUGGUCCUUGUCUUUUCCGACUUUGAGAGCUUCCAACCCAAGGCGGUGCAGGACUUUGUACUGAUGUGCAGCAACAGUCGUCGCACACUUCCCAUUGUGUUGCUGCUUGGUAUUUCGACGUCCGCCGAAGCGAUUCACCGACUCUUGCCGCAAGUUGUGUUUUCGCGUCUCAAGAUGGAAAAGUUCUACCUGCUCCAUUCGUCCGUCAACUUGACUGAAAUCUUGAGCCGAGUGCUCUUGUCGCCAAGACACCCCUUUCAACUCGGGUACCGGCCGCUGGUGGCGCUUUUGGAAAACUUUUUGUUUGUCAAUUUCAGCAUCAACUCGUUUGUGCGCGGGCUGCAGUUUGCCAUGAUGGAGCACUUUGCUGGCAACCCGCUGAGCGGCCUGUGUCUGGUUGCCAAACGGCGCUUUCUCCACGGCUUUUAUGCGGAUGGCCCAUCGGAGGAAGCUGCGCCGACGAGCUCUCCUCGUCACGUCGCCAAACGUGCUCGAUCAGAGAGUUCUGCUCCGGCAGCUCCUGACGCCAAUAUAUCUCCGGAGGAGCACCGGCUUGGCUUGCCUGCUGACGUGCUCGAGCAACUGCGCUGCUUUCCAUCCUUCCAGGCCCUUGUGGAGGCCCAGCAAGAUCGGGAUGAGCAGCGUCGCCUCUUGUUGGUUGACGACUACCUCGACCACGUUGCCUCGGACAUGCUGGAUGCCGUUCAACGCGCGCAGGUGCGCUUCCAUGCCGGCGUCCGGAUGAUGCAUGCCAUUUCACAGCAUGUGCCGCGGUGGCCCAUCGGAACCCAGCUGCGUGAGCUUUUGGUGAGCCUGAUGUCGUCCGCCGACGGCAUGUUUGAGUCUCGAGCGCUCUGCAAUGGCGAAGGUCGCGAGGCAGAUGAUAUUUCCUUGGCAGAGGCGUACGCCCUGGCUCUGUCCAUUUGCCGCAUCAUGUCACAAGAGGCCUUCACUGCGUGCUUGACGGCGAUUCUCUCCGCUCUUGAUGUCCCGCCGUGGAUGAGUGCGGCCGAGGCGGCCAUGCAUCGCAAACUGCUGGGCGAGGACAUUUCGAGGCUUUCCGCGCUACGCGACGAGCUCGUCGCACUGGAUGAGGGCGAUCUCACGGCAUCUUCCGACGAAGAGGAAGAUGAGACGGAAUCCACGCCUGGGGCUUCAUCGUCCGCCGCCGCCUCCUCACCCGCCAAAACUGAUAGCAGUAAUGUUGUUGAUGAGACCACUGACAUUGCUUCUACUCCCAACCGUCGUGGAUCGUCCAAACGCGCGGCAGCAGCGCUUGCCAAGCACGCCGUCGCGACCCUCACCAAGACCGGCGUGGUCCCGGCACUGCCGUCGGCUGCGAUUGCCGCAUCUGCCGCCGACCUUCCCGUCUUGGCCUCAAUGAAGGUCAUGGCAGCAGCCUCCGGCGUGUCCUCGCCGCACGUUCGCUCCGGUUUGCCCAACGAAGCCACCAAACGCCGCAUGGCCCUGUUGCAGACCGCGUUGGUGCAGCGCAAACGUAAGGUGUUUUCCCGCUUCGAGCGCCUCCGGACAAAGAUUGUCGACGGGCUGGAUGAGAUUUUACGCCGUAUUCUAGUAUCCCCGUUGUCCUUGCCGCUGCACGAAGCCUUCUAUCACCAGUCGAGUGCCAACUUGGUGCGCUCCUUUAGCGGAAGAGCACGCAACUCGGUACACGCAGCGUUAGCGCGACCUUCUCGGUUUAUCCGCCGAGUCUUGGGUCAGGAGCACCGUAGCCGAGUGAUUUCAACCAUUCCGGAUACCUGCAUUGUCUAUCAAUUGUACCGAGAGUGCGGCCGACUCAUCAACUUGUACGAUUGGCUUCAAGCGUUCGCCGUUGUCGUCGACAAUGUGAGCAACGCUGUCGUGCAAACAACGUCCGACAAUGACACAGCCAAAGCAACCUCACAGGCUGUGGCUUCGGCAUUAUUGACACGGAAGCGGCGUGGUCGUAAAUCGAAAAGCGACCCGGAACGCUCGAAAGAAGCCACCGAAGACGGCGAGGCUGAGAUGGCCGAAGACGAUCCCGAGAAUGCUGCGGAACCUGCUGAAGGAGAGUCGACGGCCAGUAUUUCUCCCGAAAUUCACGCGCGGUUCAUUCGAGCAGUCUCCGAACUGCAAUUUAUGGGCUUUAUCAAGGCCACCUCUCGCAAGACCGAUCACGUCUCCAAGCUUACGUGGGGCGCAUUGUAG